UGUCUAUUUAUUAUAUAAUAUGUAUAUUUUCCCAUUUUCCCAUUAAUCAUUAUCAUAUAGUCUUCUUGCUUUCCAAAUAGUAAUAAUAUCGUGUUUUUUUGUUUUCUUUCGAGUUUCUUCUAAUGUGGGUGUUGGAGAAGGUGAAUCGGUGAUAUAAAUUAUUUUAUUGCAGUGACGUCUCUGAAGUUGUUUUCCCAAGUUCAUCUUCCCGGAUCCUCCAGCUACCAGUAAGCAAGCUGCGAGUGGGAAGUUGGACUCUAAUGGCUUUCAGCAAAGGAGUCCAGGUUUCUGUUUCUGGGUAAACCUACCGCUGAAAACUGGGUUAAUUAGGUUCUACCCAACAACGUAAGUCUCUCAUCCGUCCUUUUCAUUUGGGUCUCCUCUCCUCUCCAACCCUGUCUCUGUCUAAUUAACAACACUUACUCACCAGUCUUUUUCUCUUCCUACCGAAUGUGGACACUGGAGGAAGGCCGAAACAGGGGACUAACAUGAGCACGCCAGAGAAGAAAAGCAGCAAUGGCGGGGAGGUUGUUAUAACAUUUUCGGCAAAUCAGAGCCCUCAAUCCGAAAUGGACGGCAGAACUCCCAAAAUGGCUGCUUCCCUCGACCAAGCAGCAGCAGCAGAAGGUUUUGGAGGUAGGCAGAGCGUUCCAACUUCACCCCUGAAGGACUCUGUCCCAGCGGGUUGCAAUUCUCCUGAAAUUUCACGAUUCAGUCCUAGCCCCAAUAAGCCCCCUAAAAUUCCAACCAACACCGCCACUGAGAACAUUCUUAGAAGGAGGUCAUUUGCUAGGUCCUUGUAUUCAAAGCCAAAGUCUAGGUUUGGAGAACAGCCUUGUACAAUUGAUCCCAACACACUUGAUGAGGAUAGCACGACUUUGCAAGAACAUUUCGCCUCGGGUUCGCCCUAUAAGGAUUCGUCUAAUGCUAAGCCUGCCUCGGUUACAAGGACCGUCUCUAUCACGCAGAAAACACCGUUGAUGACAUCUCCUGGAAGAAUCUCCAAAGGGGAGGAGGAGGAGGAUGGCGAGGAGGAGGAGGAGGAGGAGAGGGAGUUUGUGAGGCGAGUUGAGAUACACAAGAAAAAGAGUAAGAGGAAUAAAACUGUGGCCAAGUUUGUGAUUCAGUGGGCAGCAAUUUCUUGCAUUGUAGGUUGCUUAGUGGCUAGCUUGACUAUUAAGAAAUUGGAGAGGGCCAAGGUUUGGGGUUUGGAGUUCUGGAAAUGGUGUGUUCUCGUGAUGGUGAUAUUCUUCGGGUUGUUGGUUACUAGUUGGUUUAUGCACAUUGUGGUUUUCUUGAUCGAGAUUAAUUUCUUGCUGAGGAAAAAGGUGCUCUACUUUGUUCAUGGCUUGAAAAAGAGUGUUCAGGUGUUUGUAUGGAUUGGUUUGGUUCUUGCAACUUGGGCCUUUUUAUUCAAAGGGGAAGUUGAAGUUUCAAAGACUGCCACCAAGAUUCUAGAUUCUGUAACGUGGACGCUUGUUUCUCUUCUAAUUGGAUCGUUCUUGUGGUUGUUAAAGACCUUGUCGCUGAAGAUUUUAGCUUCUAAUUACCAUGUCAAACGAUACUUCGACAGGAUUCAAGAAUCAGUGUUUCAUCAAUAUGUCUUGCAAACACUUUCAGGGCCUCCACUUAUAGAGGCAGCUGAGAUGGUUGGGAAAGUACCUAGCACAGGGCUAUUGAGCUUCAGACAGUUGAAAAAAGGCAAAGGAACGAAAGAGAAAAAGGUGAUUGACAUGGGACAGGUUCACAGGAUGAAGCAAGAAAAGGUUUCGGCGUGGACCAUGAAAGUGCUGGUCGAUGCAGUCACUAAAUCAGGGCUUUCAACAAUCUCGAAUUCAUUGGAUGAAAGCUGUCAUGUUGAUGGAGGGCAGAAAGAUCAGGAGAUUACUAAUGAGUUGGAAGCAACUGUUGCUGCAUUAAGAAUAUUCAGGAAUGUUGCUCCACGUCGCUGCAAGUACAUUGAGGAAGAAGACCUUUUGAGAUUUAUGAUUAAGGAAGAAGUGGAUCUGUUCUUUCCACUGAUUGAAGGUUCUGAAAGUGGAAGAAUUGACAAAAAAGCUUUCACUGAAUGGGUGGUGAAGGUUUACAAUGGGAGGAGAGCACUUGCACAUGCUCUAAACGACACCAAAACUGCAGUUAAACAACUUAACAAAUUGGUGACGGGGAUCCUCAUCGUUGUAUCAAUUGUUAUUUGGCUUCUUCUGAUGGAGAUUGCUACAACGAAAGUGCUAGUCUUCCUGUCAUCGCAGCUUGUGUUGGCAGCUUUUAUGUUCGGGAACACUUGCAAGACUAUAUUUGAAGCUAUUAUAUUUGUCUUUGUGAUGCAUCCAUUUGAUGUUGGUGACCGCUGUGUGGUUGAUGGCGUCCCACUCUUGGUUGAAGAGAUGAACAUUUUAACAACGGUUUUUUUGAAACUCAAUAAUGAGAAGUUAUUUUAUCCGAAUUCUGUUUUGGCUACAAAGCCUAUCAGCAACUACUACAGAAGCCCUGAUAUGGGUGAUACAGUGGAGUUCUCUAUCGACUUUGCUACAACAGUCGAGAAGAUUGGUUUGCUGAAGGACAGAAUCAAGAAGUACUUGGAGAAGAAUCCACAGCACUGGCAUCCUAACCACAACAUUGUGGUGCAGGAGAUUCAAGAGGUGAACAAGUUAAAGAUGGCUCUGUUCUGUAAUCACACAAUGAACUUCCAGGAAUACCCAGAGAAGAACAAACGAAGAACCGAACUGAUGAUGGAGAUCAAGAAGAUAUUCGAGGAGCUGAAGAUAAAAUACUAUCUCCUACCACAACAGGUUCAUCUGAGCCAUGCCCAGUCCGUAUCAACCGAUGCAACGAUGCAGUCCUGAAUUUGCUGCCCAAUGCCCGCUGAUGUGGUGUGUCUGGAGUUCCUGUGGGGAGUUGAAGUAGCAGAAAGCUCAGCAGUCCUAAAGGUUGGUAAUUGAUGCUGUUAGUUAUAGAAAUAGGUAGGUUAAUGAUGUAAUCAAACUUGAGUAGAGCAGUUUCUUACAUUGGAAUGUUACAUCUAGAAGGAUUUAGUCUGUAGUUGCUCGGGCCUUUUUGAGGAUGGAUCAUGGAUAUGAUACUGAGAAAUGAGAAUAGUAACACGACCGGCCUGGGCUCCCUGCUUGAAUGAUUGUAUUGGUAUUCAAGCUAUGUGCCGCCCAUAGCCACCUUUCUGAAAUCUAAGCAACCAGUUACGCACUUGGACCAACGAAGGGCUGGUUCUUCUAAUCUGAUCUAUUCAAGAUUUCGCCAUAGAUGCCUUCCUCUUCAAUUGGGUGGUUCUCCUUCAAAACAAUGUGCUUUGAGAACUUAAUUGACUUUGAGAAAUAUAGAUCGUGACAUGUAGAAAUUUUGUUUCUUUUAUACUGAGUUAAAAU